AUGUCGGGCAACCUGGGAGAGCUCGGCGCCCUCCAUAAUCCCCGGAAUGUCCAACAGAUUACAGAAGCUGCUCAACAAUACGAAUAUGAUGCUGCCAUUCCUCUACGAUACUGGCUGCGCUCCGCGCAAGCCAUGCUGAAAGAGGCAGACAUCUACGUCCGCGAAGGAGAUGAGGAAACAACAUACCUAUUGCUCUUCCGUCAUGCCCACCUGAUUCUCUCCCAACUGCCCGCUCAUCCUCAAGCACGAGACAAGGCCAAUAAAUUGCUCCUCAAAGAGGCCGAGAAGGACGUGAACAACAACUUUAGGGUACUUGACCUACUGAAGCCCAGGAUUAAUGACCGAUUCGAACGUUUCCAAAAAAUCAUCAAGGAAAGGGAUGCCAGGAGAGCCGCCCAUUCGGAGAGUCGGGCCUCCGCAACGUAUACCUCGCGCCAGUCUUCUCUGGAUCAGCGAAAGACUCAACGGAUACAUGGCCAUGAGAACCAGGAAUUGGCCGUCAAGAUAGCACAAAAAGAGAUCUCGAGAAGAGCAGCGAACCGAGAAGCAGCACUGACUUCAGGUUCUGAUGGGGACGACCUUUCGAGGAGACUACAAGAGAUUCGUGCCCGUGUUGAGGGCAAGGGUCACGACGAAGGUGGUCGGUCCGCUCGAGAGAACCCAGCCAGUUACCGCUAUCCCAGUGUUCCCUCACACCAUACACACACAUUACAGAGCCCUCUGGCGUCCGAAAGGCAGCCCUUUAAUGAGACAUACAAACACUCUCUAUCACUGCCGCCCACAGUUCCUCCUAAAGAGGGUGAAAUGGCGAGCUUAUCCGCACCGCCGCGUCCUGGCAAGGUCCCAGGUGUCCCACCAGCAAGAUCUGCGACCCCAGAAGUGACCCAAAUCUUUGCACCUGCAGCAUAUCUUGAAAACGGAACUCCACUCAGGACGGUGUUCCUACCACCCACCCUGCGGACGACGUUUUUGAGGGUAGCGCAUAAGAAUACAAUGGCAAACUUGGAGACGUGUGGAUUUCUAGCUGGCACACUGAUCGCCAACGCGUUCUUCAUCAGCCGACUGAUUAUUCCUUCACAAACCGCCACUUCGGAUACUUGUGAGAUGACGAAUGAGUCUCAGUUGUUCGACUAUGUGGACACAGAAGACCUGAUGAUUCUUGGAUGGAUCCAUACACAUCCGAGCCAGACGUGCUUCAUGAGCAGUCGAGACUUGCAUACACAUGCGGGAUAUCAAGUGAUGCUAGCCGAAAGCGUGGCAAUCGUAUGCGCACCGAAUAAAGGAGACACGUACCAUGGUGGGGACUGGGGAGUGUAUCGGUUGACGGACCCUCCGGGCAAGAAAGCCAUUCUCAGCUGCGAAAAACCCGGGAUAUUUCAUCCACACGACGUUGACAAUAUUUACACCGACGCAUUGCGGCCAGGACAUGUGGUGGAGGCCAAAGGCAUGGAAUUUGAGAUGGUGGACCUGAGAGAGCAAUAG